AUGAGAUUCCUUCACCUUUUCGCCCUCGCGCCUCUGGCCCUGGCUGCGAGUGUCCCUCGGGCCACCAUCCCAACCUACAAUGCGGUGACCGUCUUCAGUCCCCCGGCUGACUACAACGUCCCGCGCGUCCUGUACGCGCGCAACCUGGAGCUGCCCAACGGGGACCUCCUAUGCAUCUGGGAGAACUACUCCAAGGAGCCCCCGCAAGUGUACUUCCCCGUCUACCGGUCCCGUGACCAUGGACGGACCUGGAAGGAGAUCUCGCAGGUCCACGACCAGGUGUAUGGCUACGGAUUGCGCUACCAGCCGGAGCUGUACAGACUUCCCGAGCGCAUUGGGUCAUUCCCCGCCGGGACGAUUCUGAUGGCGGGCAGCGCCAUUCCCACCGAUCUGUCGUCUACGCACAUUGAGCUGUAUGCGUCGCACGACUCCGGUGUGACGUGGAAGUUUGUGAGCCACAUUGCUGCUGGCGGGACGGCCAUUCCCGACAACGGGUUGACGCCUGUGUGGGAGCCUUUCCUGAUGGCUCAUAAUGGCAAGUUGAUCUGCUACUAUUCCGACCAGAGAGCCAACACCACCCACGGCCAGAAGCUGGUCCACCAGGUUACGACGGACCUCAAGAACUGGGGUCCCGUCGUUGACGAUGUUGCCUACCCAACCUACACCGACCGUCCCGGCAUGCCCGUGGUCGCCAAGCUCCCCAACGGCAAAUACAUCUACACCUACGAAUACGGCUCCUUCUUCGGCACCAGCAGCUACUCCUUCCCCGUCUACUACCGCAUCUCGUCGGACCCGGAGAACUUCCUGUCCGCUCCACACCAGCGCCUUGUCACGACCACGGGCUCUGUCCCCACCUCGUCGCCUUACGUCGCGCUGGGAGAGGGUCCGUGGAGGGAGAUCCCUACGUCUGAGCCGAACGCUUAUACCCGGUCGCUGCGGGUUCUCAAUGAGGACCCGAAGAUGCUCUUGAUUAAUGGCGCUGGUGUCUUGAAUGGGCAGACCAACAAGGUUACUGUGACCUUGAUGAACCUGGAGGAAGCACUGCGUUAG